GAGGAGCUGUGCUGCCCGCGGUGGACAGAGGGACGGCGUGAUGUGGAAGCCGAAGAUGGAGAAGAAGAAAGAGAAGGAGACGAUGUACAAGAGCGACUCCAUCAUCCCCUGCUUCCUGUUUGUGGAGUUGCUGAUCAUGGUGGGUACGGUGCUGUUGGCUUAUCACUUUGAAUACACCGACACCUUCCAGGUCCACACCCAGGGCUUUUUCUGCUUCGACAGCUCCUACAUGAAGCCUUACCCAGGCCCCGAGGAGAUCAGUGCUGUGCCUCCUGUCCUGGUGUACUCACUGGUGUCUGCCCUGCCCAUGGUCAUGAUGGUGCUGGGGGAGUUGGCUGCCUUUGUUUUCCAGGUGGAUUUUGUGCGUCAGGAAAGAACCAUCUUGACUGCGGAUUGCUGCUCCCUCAACCCUCUGCUCCGACGUGUGGUCAGGUUCCUGGGCGUCUAUGCCUUUGGCUUGUUUGCCACCGACAUCUUUGUGAACUGUGGGCAGCUGGUGAUGGGCAGCCUGACCCCCCACUUCCUCACCGUGUGUCGGCCUAACUUCACGGCCCUGGGCUGUCGGACGGCCUCUCAGUACAUCAGCAGCCCCCGCCCCUGCACGGGCCCCCCCAGGCUGGUGUCCAGCGCACGCAGAGCCUUCCCCUCCAAGGAGGCAGCGCUCAGCAUGUACGCAGCUCUGUACACAGCGGUGAGUCUCAAAGCCCGUCUCAAGAUCCUCCUCUGCCAGCGACCACCAUCGGGCCCCCACCCUCCUGGGCUGAGCUGA